AUGGCUACCAAUUUAAACAAAACCUUAUGCUACUGUGAUGCCAGAUGUUCAGGUGACAAGUGUCAAGCAGGGUUCGUCAAAGAUAAAUGCAUAGCUACAUGCGAAUCCUACUCGUGUUCGUCUGGGUGCAUUGGACCUGCAUGCUCUUCAACAUGUAGCGGAAUGUUUUGUACGGCGGGGUGUACAGGAGUCCAAUGUGUAGCUACUUGUAUUGGACUAUCCUGCCAAGCAUUUUGUCAAGGUGCGGACUGUAUGAAAGAAGACAAACUGUGGGUACGAUAGUUUUAAACUAAAACCACGUCAA